AUGGAACUGACCAAGGCAGCCACCCUGAAGCCCUACAAGGCUAUAAGGGGACAAAAGAAACAAACCAUUGUUAAAUGGUUGUUACUGGAUCGUUUAGGUAGUCUCGGCGACUGUGAACCGCGACGUGAGUGCUCCUCACUCCCUGACCGCUGCUCGCACUACCCGGCCAGACUGGCAUGCCUGCCUCUCAACGUGUCUCUUAUUAGGGAACUCAGCCUACAAUAUGGCCCGAUGUCAGCACAGGAGUGGCGGCAUUGGCUACAGACCUUCAAGACCUUCAUCGCCGUUCUGCCGCAAGAGAAUCUGAAAAGCUCGGACUUCUCAUCAAUUUUGUGUCGCCAAAGAUUUAUGAAUUUCCGAGUGCACUACCUACGACGACGCCUUAACUGCAUACAAUCUCAGUUUGUGAAGCCAUCUAAUGAAGUGUUCGCGCGCCACCGCCUUGCGGCUCGUCGUCAGGAACCAGCAAUCAGACAGCGCCUUUUGGAAAAUAAGACGCUUGAUCUGGCUACUAUGUAUGACCAGGCAUGGGCUCUCGAUUUGGCGCAGAAAAACUCAGAGUCUUAUGGUGGUGCUCUGUCCUCGCGCGCUGUUGAUGUAGCACAUGAAAAUACAACUAAUGUUAGUGAUUUAGAAUCCGUUCUCGCGGCAAGUGCUACGAAAGCAAAGUGUUUCUUUUGUUGUCUUCUACGGCAUCCAUGUUCAAAGUGCCCUGCUCGUGAUGCGGUGUGUCAUAAGUGCCAGAAGAACGGUCAUUUCUCGAAAUUGUGCCGUAGCUCGAGUGUAAGUGGUUCUGUGACUCCUAACAAUGGUGCUAUGCUUGCCACUAUAACUAGUGCUGCUACUCUUAGCAUCUUGUUGAAAGCAGUUACGAGAGUUUCGAUCAACGGAAUCAGAGCUGAUGUCCUCAUUGACAGUGGUAGUUCAGAGAGUUUCAUUCAUCCAGAUUUAGUUAAACACCACUGA